GCCAGCUGUCUCCUCCUUGAAGGCCCUAUUGAUCUUGCACAGCAGUCGCAAUUUCAGGGUCUUCUCAGGGACUUUGCAACCAAAGCAGACCUGCAAUUGCAUCAAAUUGACCUUGAUCUUGGCGACCAGUGGGUUUCAUCACGUGUACGCUGGUGGGCGGUCUUGCUCCCCAGAGGCCUGCCCAUCCUGCAACUUCAGCGUUGGCCCGCACUGUCGCCUCCGCUGUUAGUACGUGACAUCAUCCCAGAGUGGCCGGUGUGGCCUGCUGUCGAUGAAGCAGAUUUGAAGUGGAGUGCUCAGGAGGUUGAAGCCUACAACGACCCGACAUUGGGAAGCGAUCCGCGCGUCCUGGCCACAUCUGGCCAGGAAGCUGGACUUCUUAACUCGCUACCACCCAGCAUUGUGUACACAGUGCCACCCCGUGCCGCGUUGUGCCUUGUCGGCCAGCUUACAGCACCAUUGCAAGCAGUCUGGGUCUAUGCCACUGUGCUUCAAACCGUGACCCCAUGCUUUGGUGGUACAGUGAUUGAUCCAGCCGCAGAGCUCAGCCGUUUCAAGAGCCAACUCCUCCAGCAACGCCAGGACCAUUGGUUGUUACCCUCGAUGUUGUCAGGAGGAACUCUUUCCCUCCGAGAUGACGAUGGACUUCGAACAGAGGCUGCAUCAGGCCCGGUGACUGUGCAGCAGCUCAUCUGUGCCGAAACUGCGCUCCUACCUCCAGGCUUCAAGCUCAAGGUACUACUUCAAGGUCGGGCGUUACCCAAGUUUGCCAGACUAGCUUUUGCGCCACAUGGCCCCGUAUACCAGUUGCAAGUUCAGAGAAAGACGGCUGCCUCUGACCAUUGCAACCUACCAGUUUCCGUUGCUCCUGCAGGGCCUUCGGGUGGCACAUCCUGCUCGCUUGGCCUGUUGCCUGCGCACCCCCCGGCUUUGCCAGUCCCUGACUGCCCUGCUCCGCUGCCUCAUCCUCUUGAGGCCUUGCGCACAACCACUGCUACCGACUUUGCCAUCUGGUACGGCAUCCACUUGUGGACCGAGUCGUCUCCUGCCUCCGAUGGAUUUCGCCUGGUGCCUCCUUGUGCUGCGGAAACACUCCUACAACUCUUAGGGGAGGAUUUCAGUUUGGCCCCCAAUGCUGCGCCGAUACUCCCGCAAGGCCCGUUGGUCCUCAUUCCAUUUGCCUCCGGGGGGCACUGGGCCCUGCUUGUUUUACUUUCGGGUCCUGCUGGUGUGGAGGCCACCUUGUGGGACGGGGUCCCUGGUCGCUGUGCGAGUGUAGCCAGACAAUUGGCUCGGAUCUUCUGCCAUCUUGACCAGGCGGCCCUUCUGUCGUUCAAUGAGGCACACCACUGGCUGCAACAGGAACCUGGCACUUGCGGUGCAUAUGUCAUCGCCCACGCUGCAGCCCUUGUCUUGGGGAACCCCGACCCGACUACUCUGGUUUGGGCCGCGGAUUUUCUGGUGAAGUUUCCUCCACAUCUUUCUGGUCUUUGCGGCCAGGGCGGUUUGUCCACGGAACAGGAUAAAGAGCUGCAGGCACUCUUAGUCAGCAAGGGCGUGCCUCAAGACGAGGUUGCAAAUCGGGUGCAGGCGGCAGUGGCCAAGGUGGGCGCUGGUCCUAUUGGUCUGGCCUUGCAACAGCGCAAUCCGUGGCAAGCCCUGAAAACUUGUGCAUCGAAGCCACACUGCAUGUUCAAAUGGGUACAUUCUGACGAGCUCCAGGCUCAUGUUGAGCGGCGUGCCCAGGCCAAGUUUGGGACCGAGAUCCCCAAUGCGAAAGCCAAGAAAAGCAAAGUGGCCAAGCGCCCCAUCCAGGCCCCGCUUCACAUUGAUCCGGCCCAACUUCGUUUGUCUCCAGGCAGUUUCACUGCCACUUCUGGCGCACCGCUUGACCAGCUGUCUUUUGAUGAGGUUCAGGCCCAGGCCACAGGCAUAUGCUUCUGUUCGGUUGAGCAAGCCCUGCCGUUUGCUGCGCACGGCCGAAAUCUCAGCGUUGACCCUUUGGUCUUGGUCACUACGGCCGAAAUCCCAGAGGAACAGGCAGGCAAAGCCCGACUCACUCCAGUCAGGUAUCCAGCAGUCUUCACCCCAACACAGGAAGCCGUGCUAGUCACCGGAACACUGGUGCAGUUGGGAGAUGACAGUGUCCAACUUGCCUCGGCAGACAUAGCAGAGAUUGAGCACCUGGACACCAUGGUAUGCAAGUUGUGUCUCUACAAGGAUGAGACGACCCUUUCCUGGGAGAAGCUUACAGAAGCUCCCAUCCGCCACUUGCUGCAGCAACUCCCUGCACUACAGAUCUGCCGCGAUCCAGCCUGCAACCAGACAUGCCUAGCAUUCCAUGCUGCGGUCGACGAGGUAGUUGAGCAGCUGUUCUUGGACAUUUGGUCCAGGCAAUGGUGCCGGAUGAACGGUUCCCGCGCUCAGGCAAAAGAUGCUGACUUCUUUCAGGCCUAUAUUCGAGUGCCAGCCUCGGCGAUUCAGCACCUGUUCCGCGCCUCUGGAUGCGGAUUGUACUUUGAACCCCGUGCUGCGGAUGGCUCGGGGCCUCAUGUUGCUUGGUCGGUGGUUUGGCUCCCGGGGCAAUCCUCUACUCAAGCCCAACAUGCACUCCGCACCACUGAAAAGGCCAUUGCAUUGGCCAGGCUGGGCUGCAAGUAUGGCCUCAGAACAAAGGAAGCCGACGAGCAGGUUGUCUUUGAGGCUCUGAGGCCCCAACAUCAAUUCAUGAAAAUCCGAGUGCAGGCGCAGUACCGUUUGCACCCCCUUCCUCACGGCCUUCAGCGACCGGCCCUGGUUCAACUCCUGAAACAAUGGGGCUGGAGCUGCAAGCCCCUCCAGCCCGAUAGAGGUGAUUCGGCCGGUGCCGCCUGGCUUGUGGGUGCCGCCGAGGACCCGCCAGCCCCGGCCUUGUCCCUGGGGCCCUGGGAUCCGACUUUGUCCUUGCUACAAAGGUUCGUGAUGUUGGUGGUGCCGCCCGUUCUCAGCCAUGACCCAUGGUCCACGGCAAAAUCUGCCACAGCGACCUCCCAACAGGCGGCCACAUCCUCCUCGGUUGCAGUGACAAAGCUAUUGCAAAUUCAAGCCGAUCUUAAACAAGAUCUUCAUGAAAUCGUCCGAAAGGAACUUGAUGAGCAUCAGGCCACGGGGCCCCCACCUGGCCUCUCCGAGCAUGAUCAUAGGCUGCACCAACUCGAGAUUGGACUCACCGAGCUGCGACACCAAAAUACCAAAUUCGAAGGCUGGUUUCAAAACUUCGGCACCAAGGUUGCUGACCAGGUGAAAACAGAGGUAAAGGCAUCCGUCCAGACUGCGGUGUUGGGCAUGCAAAAUGAGAUCUCUACCCAGAUGUCGGCACAGCUGGCCGGGAGCGGGCCGCAUCUGCAUUUCUGCUUGCGCUUCGCUGUGCUAUUCUUCGCGGCCUUUGGCACGCUGGCCGAUGCUGCCUGCGGCCUUUCGCCGUCUACCAGUGAGUUGCCCUGUGAUCGGGUUCGCCAGGCACUCCCUGACAAUCUUUACUCUGGCCCAGUUGCCUUUCGAUUCGGCGAGGCCGCGGACCCUGGACCUGCCGACCUUUUUCACAUCAGUACCAGCAAUCCUUCUGGACUUCGAAACAAGGAGUCGCUGUACUCUGAGUGGGGCGAAGGAGUCCACUGCUUUGCUGAGACUCAGCUUUCGGCUGUUACUUUGCCUGGCUCCAAAGCCCAGUUCCGCAUGCUUGCAAAAUCCAUGGGUCGCCAAGCACGCACCGUGGCAGGAGCCCCAGCGCCUUUGAGGACAAACAGCCAAUGGGCCGGUUCUUGGACCGGGGUUCUUCAAGUUUCUGACUUUCCGUGUACACACUUUCAACUGCCUUGGCCGUCUGGACUUUACGAAACAGGCCGUCUGGUCUUGGCCACCCAUUAUCGUUCCCAGGUCCCUCUGAAAAUCGCCACGGUUUACGGCUAUGCUCCUGGCAACACCUGGCCCAAGGCUAAGGCUGACACGGACUGCAUGCUGAGUUUUCUCACCCGGGAGCUUGUUCUUGGCUCUCGUGGGUUCAGGGUUAUCUGCGGGGAUUUCAAUCAUGCUUUUGACGGCCUCAACCAAUGUGCGAUAUGGCGUCACCAUGGCUGGAUUGAACUUCAAUGUUUGGCUGAGCGCCUUUGGGGCACGCCGCCCAAGCCAACCUGCAAAGCGGCCACACGGCAUGACUACAUUUGGCUUUCACCGGAGGCGGCCGCCUGCCUAGUGCAAGCAUCUGUAAUUGAUGUCUUCCAGGAGCAUUCCACUUUAAUUGCUGGGUUUGAGCUCCCGGGUUCCACCGUUUUGGAGCACACCUGGCCUUUGCCGUCGGAGAUUCAAUGGAAGCACGUAGAUGUCGAUGCUUGGCAUCGAAUGGGGGAUCAUGCUCCCGUUGCGUCCCCAACCUCGACUCAGUGGUUUGCUGGAUUUUCUCACGCCGUUGAGCGCAGCCUCUGCGGAUUUGCCCCGGACAUGAACGGAAACCAUAUACCUACGGCCUGCUUCGGCCGAGCCAAACGUCUUCAGCCUCAGACUGGUCGGCCUGUUUGCAAAGUUCCGAAACCCAGUCGUCCCGGAGAAGAAAUCCGACAACAUGACGGCCUCUGCGCGGAGGUCACCCGCUGGUUCCAACAACUGCGGCGCCUGCAGUCGCUGAUGCACGCACUCCAGGCUGGCAGCACCGCGCCCACGGCUUUGGAGUAUCGCUCCUCUUUGUGGAGCUCCAUCUGUGUCGCUCGAGGCUUUCGGGGUGGCUUCUUGCAAUGGUGGCCAACCAGACCGCGUCGUCUUGUGGGCAGCCCUGCCCUCUUAUCUCGCAUGAUUCCCGAUGUUCAUGCUGCCCGGUGCAUCUUUGAGGACUUUCGCUGUAACUUCCGUAGCCUGGAGAGCUGGCAUUUGCAGAACCGGAGCAAGAUCCUUCAAAGCAAGUAUGAUGCCUCAAUGACCCAACUUUUUCAUGAGCUUCGGGACCCUGCCCCAGACCAAGUUGACACAUUGACAGUGUCCCGUGAAUACGCCAUUUUGGCUUUGUCACCCUCUGGUGACCAACUGCACUUGGAUUCUUCCUUGGAUCUCCGCGGGGUGUCCACUUGGACAGUCGACGGCACUUCGGUUGAUCUAACUUCUGAUGGAGACGAUGUGUGCACUUUGUCCACUGCAAUAGAUGGUGUCCCGGAGCGGCUGGAGCAAACCCAGGUGCUCUCAGCAGUCCCCGAUCUCCACCAUGAAUUCACAAGUUUGUGGGCCUCGCGAUGGCAAAAACAUGCCACCCAUACGGCCUCCCAUUGGCAGCGAUUCCUGGACUUUGCUGCAGCCUUUCUCCCCCGAUCCUCCAUCUCUCUGCCGGCCAUCACAAGUGAUGCUUGGAUUCGGGCAGUGCGCCGUUUCAAGCCUAGGGCAGCUCGUGGCCCAGACGGUUGGGCCAAACAAGACCUGUUGCAGAUGCCCCCUGCUCGCAUUGAUCAGCUCAUUGCUUUCCUGACUGAGCUAGAGGCUGAUUCCAGGCCGUGGCCCUUGCAGAUGAUUACCGGCUUUGUGUGUCUCCUGUGCAAGAACAACGGCCGGGCCGAUGUUCACGGAUUUCGGCCCAUCUGCCUCUAUUCCAUUGUCUAUAGAACUUGGGCCGGCUUACGCUCCCGGCAAAUCCUCCGCUCGCUCCGUACUCAGCUCCCUGAUGAGUUGCACGGCUUUGUCCCCGGCAGAGAGGCCACAACUGUGUGGUACAGCAUACAAGCUGAAAUCGAGCUUGCGAUCCAAGGCGAUACUCCGCUCCUUGGACUCUCCACGGACAUUGUGAAGUGCUUUAACAAUUUGCCCAGGCUUCCACUACUGGCGGUGGCGACCCGAGCUGGGGUACCCACAAGCGUUCUGAAUCCGUGGGCAGCUUUCCUCCAGAAUACGGAGCGCCGGUUUCUCAUAAGGGGGCAAGUCAGCAUGCCAAUUCAAUCUUCGUCGGGUUUCCCUGAGGGUUGUCCCCUCAGCCCGCUCGCGAUGUUGUUGGCCGACUUGGCUUAUCACGUAUACAUGCGGGCACUGGCCCCUCAGGUCAGGGCUCUCAGUUACGUAGACAACCUGGCCAACCUUGCUGCCACUCCGGCUGGUCUUGCCACGGGAUACCAUGCUACACAUUGUUUUAUGGACUUGCUCGACUUGGAGCUAGAUCAGCCUAAGACGUACGCAUGGGCUACCAAGCCUGCAGACCGCCGGGUCUUGAAGGCUCUUGGGCCUACUGUCCUCGAACAUGCGCGUGAAUUGGGCGGCUUCUUGACCUUUGGCCCUAGAACACGGAACGCAGCCCUGGUGGACCGAUGUGACGCCUUGGCCCCAAUCUGGAGCGCCCUUCGACGUUCCCGGGCACCCAUUCAUCUGAAGAUUCGGGCCCUUCCAAACAAGUGUUGGUCCCAGGCCUUGCACGGUAUCUCUGGCUGCUCAUUGGCUACUGAUCGCUUGAAUCAACUCCGAGCGCAAGCAACAGGUGCCCUGCGUCUUCGGCCAGGGGGUGUCAGUUCGCUCCUCCGUUUGUCCAUCGCUCAGCCGAUGACUGCUGAUCCUGGCUUCUUUCAGUUGUGGACAUGUGUCUGUGACAUUCGUCGUAUGGCACAAAAAAUCAACGGCUUUGUCUGCCUUUGGCGGAGCUUCAUGAAGUUUUUCGAUGGCCGUCAGCUCCCCGGGCCCUUCACAAAGCUUCUUCAUGUGCUCUCCCAAAUCGGGUGGUCCAUACAGAGACCUCCAUUGGUCGUGGACCAUGAAGGCUUAGUGCAUAGGUUGCUAGUGGCCCCUAAGGCCUUACUCCGAAAUCGCCUGGAGCAUGGCUGGCUUCGUCACGUGGCCCACGAGCACCAGCGUCGACACACCAUGCAGGAUUUGACCGGCAUUGAGCCGUCAUUGCUCCAUGCAGAUGAUCACUCUUUGAUGCCAGUUGAUGCGGCCCGACUGGCCUCGCUUAGAGCCGGAGCCUUCAUUUUUGGUCAGCAACAGGCAAAGUUUGACCUGACUCAAACGGGCCUUUGUGACCAUUGCCAGGUUCCGGAUGAUGCUCACCACCAGGUGUGUGAUUGCCCGCGCUUUGCCCACAUAAGAAGGCCAUACCAAUGGGUGUGUGAGAGGUGGUCUGAGUUGCCGACGUGCUUUACGCACCAUCUGCUUCCCCCCUUGAACCCCCACAUGCCACUACUGCGCAGCCUGCUGCACAAUCUGUCGGAUGUUUCAGGGAUUUUCUUUAGUGCCGGGGUUGGGGUUGGUUGGCAACACCUUUUUACCGACGGUUCUUGCAUGGAUCCCGGAUGUUCCGAGCUGGCUUUAGCGUCCUGGGGCGUGAUGCAUGCUGCCUCGGCGAUGCCCAUCGCCUGUGGGCAUGUCCCGGGCCUACUUCAGACGGCCCCCAGGGCCGAAAUCUGGGCCGUUAUUUCAGCUGCACGAUGGGCGCUUCGGCAUCAGCUACCAUGCAUGGUUUGGUCGGAUUGCAAACAUGUGGUGGAUAAUGUGGCCGAGCUUCAGGAUGGUUCACCUCCUGACAACUGUGCUGAUGACGACCUCUGGUUCACACUAGAGGGACUUCUGCACCAGCUGGACCCUUCGCACUUUUUGGUUCGACACGUCCCUUCACACCUGGACCAGGGCCUGACCGAGGACCCAUUUGAGGACUGGGUGGCCGUGAACAACAAUCAUGCGGAUACUUUGGCAGUCGUGACCAACAACAGCCGGCCCCUAGAGUUUGCUUCUGCCUACCAAGCUGCCGUCGAUUUCCAUUAUACAAAACUGGAAGAGCAGCGAGCCUUGACCGCCAUCUAUCUCGGCAUCGCGGCAGCUACAGACAAGCGACAGUCAAGGAACAGCACUGAAGAAGAUAUGCAGGAGGCAGCUGUGCCAACACAGCUUCAGCCAGUACACCGAAGAUGCGACUUGGAAGAGAUGCUUCCGAUCGGAUGGAGAGAACUUGUCAUUCAAACGUCCAGUGAUCUGCCAAGUGAUUUUAUUGUCAAUGUGUGCCAAGCCCUUUUUGUACAGGAUGCUCAGGCUGCACAGGCUCACGCCAUCUCGUGGCUCGAAUUAGUUUUCUUGUUUCAUGUUUUGGGUGGUAUCGAUUAUCCGGUUCCUGGGCCUCAUGGAGGCCCUGCAACGGCUGCAACUCCAAUGUUUGUUUUGUAG